AUGAGGGUGAAUUCUAGAAAUAUAUUUUCCAAUUUAUCCCUGAAUGAGCGUUGCCUUUCAGCAUCUUUAGUCUGUAAAUAUUGGCGUGACCUGUGUUUAGAUUUUCAGUUUUGGAAGCAGCUGGAUCUCAGUAGUCGUCAACAGGUUACUGAUGAACUACUGGAAAAGAUAGCAUCAAGAAGCCAGAAUAUUACUGAAAUCAAUAUUUCUGAUUGUCGCAAUGUGUCUGAUACAGGAGUAUGCCUAUUAGCAUUUAAAUGUCCUGGACUCUUAAGGUAUACUGCCUACAGGUGUAAACAGCUUUCUGACACCUCUAUUAUUGCAGUUGCCUCUCAGUGUCCUCUUCUUCAGAAAGUACAUGUAGGGAAUCAAGACAGACUCACUGAUGAAGGCCUAAAGCAGCUGGGUUCAAAGUGCAGAGAAUUGAAAGACAUUCAUUUUGGGCAAUGUUACAAGAUCUCAGAUGAAGGAAUGAUCAUUAUUGCUAAAGGCUGUCUGAAGUUACAAAGAAUAUACAUGCAAGAAAACAAAUUAGUGACAGAUCAGUCAGUGAAAGCAUUUGCUGAACAUUGUCCUGAGCUGCAGUAUGUUGGUUUUAUGGGCUGCUCUGUUACAUCUAAAGGAGUCAUUCACCUCACCAAUCUAAGAAAUCUUUCCAGCUUGGAUCUACGUCAUAUCACAGAACUGGAUAAUGAAACCGUGAUGGAAAUAGUAAAGAGAUGCAAAAACCUUAAUUCCCUCAAUCUCUGUCUGAACUGGAUCAUUAAUGACAGAUGUGUGGAGGUGAUCGCUAAAGAAGGCCGGAACCUGAAAGAGCUGUAUUUAGUAUCCUGUAAGAUCACUGACUAUGCUCUGAUAGCUAUUGGACGAUACAGCAUGACAAUAGAGACAGUAGAUGUUGGAUGGUGUAAAGAAAUCACAGACCAUGGAGCCACCCAAAUUGCACAAAGCAGCAAGUCUCUCAGAUACUUAGGGCUGAUGAGAUGCGAUCAGGUGAAUGAAGCCACAGUGGAGCAGCUAGUGCAGCAGUAUCCGCAUAUAACCUUCAGUACUGUACUACAGGAUUGCAAGAGGACGUUGGAACGGGCUUAUCAAAUGGGCUGGACACCCAGUAUGUCUACUGCCUCUUAACCUCCUCUACCGCAAUGACAGUUCUGCACUGCUGCAUUCAGUAGGUCUAAUGGGGACUGCAGAUUUUAUUUGUACAAUGUUGCGGGAAUAUUUUAAACUUCCUUUUUAUCCUCAUUUUAUUUUCUACAAAAUAUAUAUUGAAAAAUCACUUAUUCCAAAAUAAGUAUCCUUAUUUUUUUUUAUUUUUAAAACAAGUUUUGUCUAAUUUUUAAUGAUGAAAAUGUUAUGUUUGAUGGUCUCUCUUGGAAAUUGUGGGAGAGAAAGUGGACUGCAAUGUAGUCAGAGACUUGUAACUAUCCAGAAUAUUAAAUUGUCUUUCUAAAAAUCUGCAAGUCCCCAGAGAUAAAGAAGAGGGUUCACAACUUUACAUGUGAUGCAAUAUAAUUGCAAGUUUACACAGGUUACAGUAAAAUGGAAACAGUUAUACACUGACUUUGAUGUACUGUACAACUAUGUACUCAUAUUGAAGCAGAACUUCAAAAAUGCAUCGUAUCUUUUUGUUUGCAUAAAAGAUAUAAAAGCCUUUGGUAGACUUCUUGAAGUGGAUGCCUACUAGUUCUAUGGAUAGCUUGAAUUAUAGAAGAUAUUAAGCUUGUUUUCCUCUGUUUACUUUCCUUUGCCUUGGUCAUGUGCGUUUCCUUUGAUUUGUAAAUGGUAACUCAGUGCUAGCACCAGUGUGAUUGAUCAGUAUAGGCCUGUGCUGAAUCUGGGAGCUCAGCUCAACGCUUAUUAUUUACCUAGACUAAAGCUACCCCAGGAGUUUUAAGAUGUGCAGUAAUAAGAGAAUCUGCAAAGAAUUGUGAUUUUUCUUAUAAACAUUUUGAUAAUUACACAAAUCAUUAUUUUGAACAGAAAUCUUAGUAAAAUGAUGAUAAUGAUGGAAUGGAUAUUUAAUGGACAAUCUUCUUUUCUAUUAUUGGACUGCAGAAGUGAUUUCUUGUUUCAUUUUGUUUUGUUAAAAUGAUCAUAUAGGAGAUGCUGUACAGAUUUCUAAAUCUUUGCACCUUGCCAUUUUUGUAAUAGGUGAGUUAACAGUACUUUACCUUUAACUUAACAGAGAUAGCCGGUUCCCACUUCGUAAAGUCAAAUGCUGAAUUGAAGACACCAACUAUCAGAAAUAAGUUAGCAGACAAUAUUUAAAAAUCUUACUGAAAAGCUUGUUUUGUUUUGUUUUGUUUUUUAAUGAUCUUGUCUCCUCUGAGUAUGCUGUUAUGUUGCUGAAUUGUGAAAUUGAGAUGAAUAAGUAGAAGUCAGUAAGAAGAUUUCUCUGGUUUCAUGUGUGGUUAUUAUUUUAGAACAGAUUUCACAAUGCAGGGAGUACUGACCUCGAAAAGGCCAUCUAAAAAUGAUCCCAAGCAGGGGUAUCGUUUUGCAGGAACAAGGCCUAACUAACUAACUCUGGAAGUAAAAUCUCAGGAUGAUGAGAAGUACUUAUAUCAUCUAAAUUAUGCUUCCUACACAUUGUCCUGACUUUCAUAUUUGUUCCACAACUCUUUAGGCUACCUUACUUGCAGUAUUAUUUCUUUUUCUUUUUAGUACAAAACUGAUUUGCAAUAUGAUGUGUACAGGAAAAGAACCAGAGUAAAUACAUAAAAAGUUUAAUUUUCUGUGUGUCACAUUGCAUUCUAAGGAGUUAAAUUUGACAGGUGGAUAGUGAAAAUACAGACAUUGCAGCUUCAGUUUGAGGUUGCACUAACCUUUAGAGUAUUACCAUUUGGCUGCAAAUUUUUUUGAGCUAUGUAACACUGGAUAUUUGCUUUUUAAAGGUUACAGUGUUUUAAUCCAAAAUAUGAAAUGCUCAAGCUUCAGCUGAAGGGUUGCCAUUAUCGUCAAAAUGUUUUACUAAUCCAGAAGGUCUGGUGCAGCAUAACCUGGAAAAAGUGUUUAGUAUGCCUGUACAAAUCUAUUGGACUGUAUGUGGAUUUCCAUAGCAUAAUUCUUGAUGACAGGAACAUCAGCUCACAGUAAUUCCAGUGAUGGUGUUGAAUGUUUUAUUAGACUUUUCGAAAUGAGGAUGAACAAAUUUUCUGGAAAAAUGUAUGAUAAAGUUUUUGCUUGAAAUACCGUAAAUACAUGUGAACAUGUACAAUGCUGGGCUUUUUAUCUACUCCAAAAUGGCAACAAUAUUUUCAGAAUAAAGCCAAUGGAUUAUAUUGCA